AUGUAUCGUUUUUUUGCAUCUCCCGCAGGCACCCCGACCGCGAGCUUCCUUCUAACCCUGCCAACGCGGUGGUGCAAGCGGUACACGGGCGAUCCCCCCCACCUCCCCUCAGCCGGCAAUACCGCGCGUCCGAAGGGAAUUCUGGUGAACAAAGAGGAGGGAAUCAGCAAGGACGCUGGUGGGUUUGGCCACUACGCGGGCUCAAUUACCACUUUUAUGAAGCCCGAGGCGGAAAAAAAGCGCCCUUUUAACGAAAACGACCCCCUCCCCUGCAGCGUCGCCGGCUCCCAGGCCUCUUCACAGGCGAUGCAAGCGGCAUUGAUGGAGGAGGCGGCGAUGACGGGCGUCCUUCCCUCCCCUCGCCGCGCGGCCGCAAAUGCCCCGAAAGGGGGGGAAACCCCGCACGGUUUCGCGCAAACCUCCUCCAAGGCGUCUUCCCUCCCUCGACGAAUCGUUCGGGAGGUAAAACGGCCACCAAAAAUAAUUUCAAAGGGGUUGGAUGAGACUUCAACUACAAAGCCAUUGAAUGGGAGCUCAACCACAAAAGGGUUGGAUGAGACUUCAACUACAAAGGGGUUGGAUAAGAACUUCACCACAAAGCCAUUGAAUGAGACUUCAACUACAAAGCCAUUGGAUGAGAGUUCAGCCCAGAGCGAAAAAGAGCGCGAGACGGCGGCGUACUACCGCGAUCUCCCGCACGAUACCCCCUCGCGCGAGGAGCUUUGGCGGCGGGUCAAGCAGGCGAGUGCGGCGCGCGCGUCGGACCCGCGCGGGGGCCCCGACCCCCCCUUCGUCCUCCACGCCGAGGAGGUCGAUUACCUCCGCAUGGAGGAGGACCUCAAGGUCCUCGACCCCCUCCACCACACCAUCGGCGAGAUGGCCUACCUGGACGAAAAAACGCGGCGGAAUUACUACGCGAUGUGGUACUUGGCCCUCUCCCUCAACAAGGCGCGGUGGUCCGCGCUCGAGGUGCAAUCCCAGCGCGGCGUCAAAAGCACCGGGGCCGGCGUGAAGUUGAUGUUCUGGAAGGACGCCGUGCAGUCGAUCCUCGAGCGGAGAGGAAUGCUCUCCGGGCAGUUCACCGACUCCCAUCCGAUCUUGCGGCCGUUCGGGGCGACCGUGGCGAGCACGCCGGGCCUCACGAAGACCUUCAUUCGCGGCUUCACCGACGCCCGGCUCCGCGUGUUUCUCCAGCCCGGCAACGUCAAGCAGCUCUUUGACCAUUUCGACAAGUUCUACGGGUAUUUCUUCUACUCCUUGUUGGAGUUCACCACGGGGAAGGACGAGAACGCGGAGCACCUCCUCCUCCACGUCGGCCGCGCGAUCGGGCUCGUCCAGCAUUGCGUGAUGUUCUGGAAGAAAUACAUCCGCCUCGGGACGACGAUGCUCCCGGCGGAUCUCUGCGCGGAUAACCACGUGAAUUUGGCGCUUCUGAAGAACCUCCCGCUCGCCUCGCGCGAUGGGGGGGUGCGGAAGCUCUUGUACGACGUCCUGUGCAUCGCGCGGACGGAGAUGCUCCACGCGCAAACCCUCGCGCCCUCGCUUUCCCCCAAAGCCUGGCCGAUCUUGAUGGAGGCUUGGUAUCCCAACUACUACCUGAGCUUUCUCCAGCGGCGAAACUACAACGUGAGCGCGAUGUUCGCGGAUUACAACAUCGAAAACCCCGGGCUCUCGUGGUUUCGCGUGAAGAAGCGCUGCGAGUGGGACCGCUAUCAAAGCGUCGAGCGAAUGCUCAGCGAGGCGGCGCCGCUGCCGUGGCUGAACUUCUCCCUUUUUCAUUCCCCUUCGCGAUAUAAAAUGUCAGAGAAGGAAAAGAAAUAA